UGUUCACACAUUCAUUCAAGAUGGCAACCCUCGUAAAUAAAGCAUUAAGGUCACAAGUUGUGCUAUGGGGUACUAUUCGCCCUGUGCUUGCCACUCAGAUACCAGAUAUUGGUCAGCAUGGAAGGCAGCCAUCCAGAGGGCUCCCAACAUCUAAACAUUGGGGAAUGAAAUGGAAACUGCUCAGAGGGAAGAAAGUUUAUAAAGUUGACCUUCCGAAGUUUAAUGAACUGAAGAAAGAUAGAACUGAUCAUAAAAACAAAACAGCAGAUGAAAUACGCAUGGACAUGAAGAAAAAUGGCAGUCUGCCACCAAGAACAUUUCAAGAAUUGCCUUUAAACAUUUCAUGUACUCGUGCUUUUAUGGAUCAAUUUAAACCACCUGAUGGUGAUGGCAAACAUUCAAGCAUUUCUGGUUCAAUUCUAUCAGGUAGUAUAUCACGAAUGAUGAAGGGGCCAAAAACUAUCAAACAUGUUCGCAAGUUAAAGAAAUAUGAAGACUUUAAUGAAUCUGAGUUUGCAGUGGAGGCUCAAAAUAUUGUAAUUGAAGCUCAAAAUUUGCUUCAAAAUAUCUACAAGAACCAAGAAAGACUUCAUCAGCUUGUCACAGAAAAGGCAUUUCCUGAAAUGGUUCAUGGCCUUCAUUCCAAGACCAUGCAGUGGAAGUUUGUUGAGACUGUGGAGCCUCCUCGUGUUGUCCAGAUUAGAACUGACGAGAUGAUUACAGAAGGCAACUUAUUUGCACAAGUUACAGUAAGAAUGCACACAAAACAGAUCUUAGCAAUUUAUGAUCGUUUUGGUCGAUUAAUGUAUGGCGACCCUUUAACACCAAAGUCAGUUCUAGAAUAUGUAGUAAUGGAGAAAUGGAUAUCUGACACGUAUGGACAAUGGCGUAUCCAUGGAAAGAUCAUACCAGAGUGGAUGACACCUCGAGACAAUUUGAUUAGAACAUACAAAGUGCCCAAAUUUGAACCUUUGCCUCCUGUGGUAGAGGAGAAAGUGAGCGAGGCUCAAGAUGUUCCAGAGAGUUCAAAUAAAGGACCUGAGCUGGCAACAGCAUAGUCAGUGUGUGUGAUAGGUGAAUGUCUUUUGUAACAGUGUGCAUGGAAUUGUUGAAUUUUUGUAUUGUUUUGACUUGGAUCUUGAAUAAAAUUCUCUA